CGCCAACACUACCAUGUCUGUCUGUGUUUCAGGGCGGAGCUCGAGGCCUCGUACGCCAAGGGCCUGUACAAGCUGUCCAGCAAGCUGAUGAAGGCCUCCAAGGAAAACUCGGGCACCGUGACGCAGGCCUGGCAGAUGGUGGGCGUCGAGAUGGAGCAGCAAGGGGACGUGCACCGAACCAUUGGAUCAGCAAUCGGAGAUGAUGUGGUGCGGCCGUUGCGUCAGUUGAUAGAGACACAACACAAAAUUCGUAAAGGAGUGGAAAGUAUGGUGGACAAGACAACAAAAAAUCUACAUGACUGGCGAGCAGCGGAGAGCAAGGCAAAAAAGCAAGGUUAUGGCAAUUGUCGGGAAAAUGAAAAAAUUCAAGACAUGAUGCUGGAAGCUCGUCUGGGACGGGGCAAGACUCUCACUGAUAAAGAAACAAUUAAAAUGGAAAAGCAGCGACGGAAAGCUGAGGAAGCUGUACAGAAGAGUGACCUGGAGUACUACACUUGUUGUACCCGUGCUGAGAGAGCCAGGUUGGAAUGGGAGUCUGCAGUGUACAAAGGCAGCAGCUGUUUCCAGACACUGGAGGAGGAGCGCUUGCAGGCGCUCAGGGACCUGGUUGUCAAGUACCACAAUAAUUCUGUUGAGUCUGCACCGAAGAUAGUUGCGAUUGUGGAUAGACUUGAUGAACCCGUGAAAGCAUGUGAUGUGGAGAAGGAUAUCCAAGCAGUUAUCACAGCCAAGGGAACUGGAGAAAAUCUUCCAGAGCAGAUGCUUCCAGACUUUUAUGCUGAAGAUAUGAACAACAUAAUGAACAGAGACAGGAGAAGAGAGGCACUGGAAAAGUUUCUCAAGAUGGUGAGAACAGACUUGGAACGGGAAAGAAGGGGGAAGCAAGGGGUGGAGAACCUAGCCAAGGCAUUGCAGGAGACUCCAACAUUUGGUGGUGAAGAAUCACAACAAGAUGUGAAUGACAAACUGCAGCAUGAUGCCCACAACAGACUGCAACAUAUGAAGGCCAUGCUUGCCUAUCUGGAGGCUGCCCGCUAUAAAAUUCAGUGUUCAUUAGAUGAUCUUAACAACAGACCCAAGACAGUCCACCCACUGGCCAAGCACAUCGAGGUUCAUCGAGAUAAACAAGGACUCACGUGCUCAGUGCUUAAGGUGCCACCUUGGGUCAGAGGCAACAGUGUGGAUGUCUCCCCAGCCAGCAACUCCCCCACUGGAUCUCCCAACUGGAAUGACCGAGGUACUGCUGACGGCAACUCUGUGCAACCAGACUCAGAUUUUGGAAAUACAGAUCAGCUUUCAUCAGCCUCUAGAGUCAGCACCCUUCAGCGCUCUACUGACCUUGAAGUUCCUCCCAGCCCCCCUGCUAGAUCAAGGGGCUCAACCAUAAGUCCUGCUCGACUAACAUGUCCCACAGAAACUGAAGUGCCAUCUUUGCAAAAACCUCAAAGAUCCUCUGGUGUGUUUAUGUCUCCUCCCCGUUACCCCUCCCUAAUGCUUGUUACAGAUGAAUUCAGCUCUCAAGGCUCAGACCGAGACUAUCAGGCCACCAUCAGUGAAGAGAAUAUUGAUUCUGGCCCCAAAGAUGGGUCAUAUUAUGCCCACCCCCUCCCUGCUGCUACGACAGGCAGCAGAUGCAAGGCACUCUAUGACUAUGAAGCCAACAUGUAUGAUGAGCUCACAAUCAGAACAGGUGACAUCAUCAAUAUCCAUGAGAAGCAAGCUGAUGGAUGGUGGGUGGGUGAGCUGGAUAAUGUUGUCGGCAUCUUCCCAGCAACUUAUGUAGAAGAGAUCGACUGAGCCUGUCCUGCCAGAAGCAUUUGACCGAUGCUUCCAAGACUCAUAGAGUAGCCAUGCGAGUGGGAGUUGUUCUUCACUUACUGUACUUGUUAUUACCUUGUAUAUUCUCUUACCAUUUCAUAGCACACACCUAGGCAUGUUUGUGAGUUGCUGUACAUAUGGAAGGUUUUAACAAACAAGCAUCUUAAUACAUUUUUUACUUCCUCUAAUGGCUCAUUAAUGGUGGAAUUUUCUUUGGUUCCAGUACUGUGCAAGAGCAUACACAACUUUUUUGUAAAACUAAGCUAGUCAUUGAGAUUCAUAAAAUACAAAAGUAAAUGCUGGGGUUAGAUCUGCCUGGUUUUACAUGUAAAUAAUUCAUAGAAGAAAUAAUAUUUAUGAUUUUUUUUUUAUUUGGAUAUAUCAUAAAAUCAAUAUAUUUUCAGGCCAUAGCAUAAACAAUAUCUAUAUGAUUCACAAUUUUGGGCUUAUAAUUUUUUUUUUUGCUGCCUACAGCCUUGUAACAUUUGAAAAAAUUGUGUGAAUGAAGUGGAAUUUUCUUGAAACAAAGUAAUGAUCUAUAUAUACUGUGCAGGUUUUCCAAAGUCUUAUAAAAAAAUAUUAUUAUGAACUUAUUGGCAAUCAAGUUUAUCCCAAGCAGUUAUGACUAUGACUACAUAUUAAAUGUUUUCACCUCAUUUUCUUUGGAGAGCUGGAAAUACUAGGUUUUAUUCAGGAGAGACUCUGUGAUUGAUUACACACUUCAUGAAACAUUAUUUAUAUAUUUUCUGUGCCAUUGUGAUUGACUUCUUCACGUUCAGCUGUGUAAAUAUUUUUUUUUAAUCCAGUUUGGCUGGCUAUGGUUUAUAUGAGAAUAUUUUCACAUAAUACCUUUGAGACCAAGGUGACUCAUUCCCCCUGAAUGGAGAUUGUUUCAGGGCCAGUAUUAAGGAGACAGACUAAGCACCCACUUGAUGUGUUGUAAAAGCAUUAGAUCCUGAUAAUAUCAAUUGUAAACCUUUAAAUAAAAAAAAAUAUAAAAAUUCCACAUCAUGAACACUUCAAAAAGCUGCUUCUGUCCCAUUCUCCCUUUGGUCUUGGUCACAGAGGUUAUCCAGCCUACAAAGAAAAAAAUGUAUGAAUGUGAUACCAAGAGGUGAUGCCUAUGGCAAAUGCAAUGCUCAUUAUCAUGUGCUGUCAUGGUUUAGAUGCAACCAGUUAAACCAUGAGAGUACUCACGAUGCAUUUAAUGAUAUGUAUUUAAAUAACAAUGUAAUUUCAAAUUGUCUCCAAUAUAUUUUGUGCCUCUCA